ACCCUCCAAAAUGUGCAAAAUUGUGGUUUUCAUUUAAAUUUCCUCCCUAAAAAUUUUUUGGGGGGUUUGCCGUACAUUUUAUGCUAAAUUGAGAGGUUUCAUUACAAAGUAAAAUUGGUCACGUUAAAAACAAGCCCUUAUAUGGGUCUGUAGAUGGAAAUAUAAAGGAGUUAUGGAUUUUAGAAGGCGAGGAGGAAAAAACGAAAACGCAAAAAUAAAAUUGGCCUGGUCCUUAAGGUGAAAAUGGGCUUGGUCCUUAAGGGGUUAAUAAAGUGUGUGUGGCUGGCACAUUGCUAUGCAGUACCUGCCCCUUGCACUGUUAUGAAGUAUCUGUGGCUGGCACAAUGCCAUGGAGUUUGAGGCUGGUAAACCUUGUUAUGGGGCAGGCUGGCACCAUUGCUGUGUAGUACCCGAGGCUGGCACACACCGUUAUGGAAUAUGUGGCACCUGUACAUCUCUCUCGUGAACAUUACAGCCAGUACACCAGCCCUGGCCGUACAGUACAGUGUGUGAGGUUGGCAUACAGGGCACAGGCUGGGCGGCCACAUGCAGCGCUCUACAGAUUGUCCCGGUUCCUAGGGUAACGCUCAGUGUGAAUGGCGGCCUGUAGUAAAUAAGGUGACAGGUGACCAUAAGCGGUGCCCUCUGCUGUGAGUGGAGGGCGGACUGUGGAGGGCAGGCUGGGGGAUGCCAGCUCUGGGACUGGUCAGGGUCACCAUCUGGGAGUCACCGUGCCCAGCCCGCUCCGCCCGGCGGGUGUAUUAAUGUGUGUCGGUGCAGGGUGACCGCAUUGCCCGUCGUCUCCUCAUCCCCGCACCGGACUCCUCCUCCUCCUCUUCCGCCCGGGCGCCCGCCUCCCCCGGCAGCGCCGACCAUGCGCGACUAUGAUGAGGCCACCUCAUUUCUGGGGGACUGGGGACCCUUCCAGCUCUCCGUCUUCUUCCUCCUCAGUGCCAGCAUCAUCCCCAAUGGCUUCACCGGCCUCUCCGCCGUCUUCCUGGUGGCUAUCCCCGAGCACCGCUGCCUGGUGCCCGACAGUGCCAACCUGAGCCAGGCUUGGAGAAAUGUCAGCAUCCCGUGGGAGGAGAGGGACGGGCAGCGGGUGGAGAGCAAGUGCUGGCGGUACCGACUGGACUCCCUGACCAACUACUCUGCCCGGGGGCUCCUCCCUGGGGUGCACGUCAAUGUCAGCGACAUCCAGAAGGAGAAGUGCCUGGACGGCUGGCACUAUGACCGGGACCUCUACCACUCCACCGUGGUCACCCAGUGGGAUCUGGUCUGUGACAAUGACUGGAAAGUGCCAUUGACCUCCUCGCUCUUCUUCCUGGGGGUGCUGCUUGGCUCAUUUGUAUCGGGACAGAUGUCAGACAGGUUUGGCAGGAAGAAGGUCCUCUUUGCUACUAUGGCAGUGCAGACCGGGUUCAGUAUAGUACAAGUUUUCUCUGUCAACUGGGAAAUGUUUACUGUGCUGUUUCUUAUUGUUGGGAUGGGACAGAUCUCCAAUUACGUGGCAGCUUUCAUACUUGGGACAGAGAUCCUGGGCAAGUCAGUUCGCAUUUUAUUCUCCACGCUGGGUGUGUGCAUUUUCUAUGCUAUUGGAUACAUGUUGCUGCCGCUGAUCGCGUACUUUAUCAGAGAUUGGCGCUGGCUGCUGCUGGCUCUCACCGUUCCUGGCUUGUUCUGUAUUCCUCUGUGGUGGAUCAUUCCUGAGUCCCCUCGAUGGCUGCUAUCACAGGGCAGGAUCAGUGAAGCUGAAGAAAUCAUUAGAAGAGCUGCUAAGAAAAAUGGCAUUACACCACCUGAGAUAAUAUUCAGCCCCGCGGAGCUACAAGACCUUAAGGACCAGUCCAACAAAGCAUAUACAUUUUUUGACCUGCUGAAAACUAGAAAUAUUCGUAUUGUCACGUUUUUAUCAAUCUUUCUGUGGAUGAUAAUAUCUGUCGGCUACUUUGGCUUGUCACUUAACACUCCCAAUUUACACGGCGACCCAUAUGUAAACUGCUUUCUGUCAGCGAUCAUUGAAGUCCCAGCUUAUAUCAUAGCCUGGUUGCUGCUCCGAAACUUCUCUAGAAGAUACUCUACAGCCAGCACAUUGUUCCUCGGAGGAGUUGUCCUUCUUUUUAUACAACUUGUGCCUCAAUCCCUAAGUAUCCUGUCUAUCCUGCUGGUCAUGCUUGGGAAGUUUGGUAUCACAUCUGCAUUCUCAAUGGUUUAUGUAUACACUGCUGAGCUGUACCCUACAGUCGUAAGAAACAUGGGUGUUGGAGCCAGUUCUAUGGCAUCUAGAUUGGGCAGCAUUUUAUCCCCUUAUUUUGUUUACCUUGGUGCCUAUGACAAACAUUUGCCUUUUGUCUUGAUGGGCAGUCUAACAGUUCUGGUGGGUAUUUUUACCUUGUUGCUACCAGAAACCCAUGGUAUGCCUUUACCAGACACAAUUGAAGAGAUGCUUAGAGUAAAGGGAUUUAAAUAUAAGAAAGGAAUUAAAAAAGGAUUGACACUUCAGAAGCAGAGUAAUGGGAGUCUGAAGGUUCUCUCAAAUACUGCAUUAUAGACCCCCCCUUCCUUUACUCAGAGCAGAACUGCUAUCUUCAGCCUAUGGAGACCAUGGUUUCUCAUGGACAACGCAAUGCUGAAUCCACUGACUAAAUCCUGUCCGAAACUCCGAUGCCGUUGAUAGUUCACUGACCAUGGACAACAAGAAGGACGUCCUGCAUAUUACAUUGAUAAAGGUGCUGAAAUGACCAAGACAAAAAUGUUCUAGGAAGUUUUUCAUUUUAUUUUAUUUUGUUGGCACUGGACACUAUUUUGCCCGAGGCACCUGAGGGGACAUGUAGAAGUGGCCAAUUGUCACACCACUGGUAAUACAUUUAUAAGGAGUACAGUUUUCUAUAAUAUUUCUAACAUAUAUGAUAUUGUGCUUUAAUUUAUUAACUGCUUCUUUGCCAAGGACACUACACGCACCUUUCUAUGCCCGAUUUUAGAAACCUCGUUGCAGGUACCUGUGUAUGUAUAGAGGCCACCUGCAUUCCAGUAUCCUCUAAACACACUUAUGAAAUGGUAAUAUCCUUAGAUCGGGCUUUACCAAUGGUUACUCUGCAAUUUUAUGAGAAAACUUCAAAAGCAUCACAAUGAAAUUGUUACAAUAUCAAACUGUGGUCCUCAAAAAUGAAGGAAGUCCUGAAGAAGAAUCUGACUGAUGGAUUGAGCCACUUAUAGCAUAAGUGAGACACUCUUUUAUCCUAUUCUUUUUUUAUGUCUCUUCUUACCUCUUUAUAUUAGUAUCUCCUAAUGACAGCUAUUGGUAAGUAGUCUUUUUUUAAUUAGCUGCUACACAAUAUUGACUUCCUAGAACCAUGUACCCUAUUUUCUGGCGCAUAAGAUGACUGGACGUAUAAGACGACCUGCAACUUUUACAGUUUAAAUAUAGAGUUUGGGAUAUACUCGCCGUAUAAGACUACCCCUCCUACCGCAAUGUAUGGUACCUUACCAGUGAUUGGCUGGUUGUAUCCAAAGCCUGCUUGGAUUGGUCAGCUCUCCCUGUCUGCCCAGCCCUCCCCGUCUCCAACAUUAUCAAAGCGGUAUAUGCCUCUUUCACCCAUCUGGCCAGCCCAAGUAUCCUAUUACCGUAGCUCCUCCUCUGCCUCUGAGAUCUCGCACAUGCGUCACCCUUGUCUCCCAUUAACGUACCUCCUUCUCUGCCUCUCUGAUCUCUCAAAUGCACACCAGCACCGCCUGUCAGAUUUUGUACCUGUGCCGACCUCUCAGAUCUUGCACAUUCACGCCUGCGCCACCUCAGGUCUCGCACAUGCGCACCGCUUCACUGCAGUCCUCAGGAGCGAGAUCUGAGCGGCAGAGAAAGAAGUACGGUAAUAAGAUACAUACAAGGGCGGGCCAGCCGUUUGAAAGAUGCAUGUUUUUCUGGACACAGCGCCACUCUCUCUCAAUCCAUACCCCAGGUGGCCCGCUCUAUCUCUAGUCAUACCCCGGGCGUCCCGGCCGAUUGCAGCACCCGCCCUAUAAGACGACACCUGGAAUAAAAGACGACCCCUGACUUUUGAGAACAUUUCCCUGGGUUAAAAAGUAGUCUUAUACGGCAGAAAAUACAGUAAGGCUGGGUUCACACUACGGUUUGUAACUACGGUUCCCGUAUACGGCUGGGAGGAGGGGUGGGCGGGGCUUAAUCACAGUGCCCGCACUCAGCCGUAUUCGGGAACCGUAGUUACAAACCGUAGUGUGCGUUAGUGUGAGAAGAUGUGGAUCCCCUCCAGACCAAGUGAGAGGUAACCUACCAUUAUAAGGUUCCUGCCACCGGUGUGGUUUGUUGAAAUACUCACAAUGCUACCGCUAGAACAUGAGUGGUAAAAGGACUGACUUCAAGAUUUCUCGCCAAGUCCAUUUAUUCAUCUCUUGGAUUACCUUUAUAUACAUACAUUGCACAUCAAUUAUCUGUUCUUCUAUUCUAAGGCUUGGUUCACAUAUUUCCAGCCAUCCAGCACUGUUUAUGAUAGGAAUGGUUGGGAACCACGCUUGCCACAAGCAUGAUCUUUUUUGGUUGAAAUUGGGCAUGGCGCUGGACCUAUGAAUCAUCCAGCGUGGCAAAUAUACUGGGUAAAUGAGAACAUGGUGUUACUUUCAUCACCUUACAGAGUCCAUGCACACUUCAGAAAUUAACUUUACCAAUUUGUACAGUAUAUAAUCCUUUUUGUAUUGCUGGAUUAGUUUUUUUUAGAAGUUUACUAGAUCCUACACAACAACUCAUCUGCACUGUUUGAUCUUCUAUGUGUCUGAGGAUGAAUGAGGUCUGUUCAGUACACUGCUUUGUUUGGCUCUGUUCACACCAUUGACAUGGCUUCCAUUUGGAAUGAAUUGUUUUUCUAAUGGAUGUAAUCAGACAAUGAUGGACCUUAUUGACCUAUUUUUGACCUAUUUUUGGGGUCCAAUGGUGUUUCCGCUGGAGUUUUGGUAUUUCUGAUGGCGGAUAAAUCUCUGCAGACUUCCCUAUUAUUGCUGUCAAAAAUACAGAACGCUUGUUGAAAACCCUGACCUACCACCCAAAUGCAGGUGUGACUAUAAUUUGCACUGGGUAGAUCUAUCUGCUCUGAUGAAGAGCCCUUUUAAUGUAUAAUAUGUGUAAUUUAUAGAUUGUAUGUAUAAAUUAUUGAUAACAUCUUUGUGUUAUAGCUGAUGUAGUUUCAUUUUACAUGUUUUCAUGUGCUAUUUUCUCCAUUACAAUUCCAUUUAAAGGGGUAUUCAGGCUUUAUACAUCUUAUCCUUUAGAUAGGAGAUAAGAUGUAUGAUCGCUGGAGACCCCCAGGGAUCUUGGUGCAGCUCCAGGCAUUCUGUGCCGGACGCUGCCUCCGAGACUGUGAUGUGACGUCACGCCCCUUCCAUUCAUGUCUAUGGGAGGGAGCGUGGUGGCCACCAUGCCCCCUCCCAUAGACAUGAAUGGAGGGGGUAUGGCCGUGACGUCAUGUUCCCAUCUCGGAGGCAACGUCCUGCACAGAGAUCGCAGGGGUCCCCAGCGGCAGGACCCCUGCGAUCAUACAUCUUAUCCAAAUCCUUUGGAUAGGAGAUGAGAUGUAUAAAGCCGGAAUUAAUCUCCUUCCUCCAUUUGGGCUCUGUUCACACUAGGUAUUUCCUUUUGGCCUCUUCAGUAUUUUUGAUGUCAAGAUAGUAAUCAGUGGUAUUCUUGCCGCUUAAAGGUGUAUUCCCAUCUCCGAAAGGCGCUAACCCCUGGGACCCCCACCGAUCAUGAGAACAGUGGAAAAUUGUUCCUCAAAAUGAACAGAGCUCACUGCGCGUGAGGCUAGCGCUCCAUUCAUUCUCUAUGGGCAUUCUCUAUGAACAUUGCUGAAAACAGAUAACAGGAGCAGCAAACUGCUUCUGUCUUCUCUGCAGCAUCCAGCACCAGACAUUCCACUGUCUGAUCGCUUAGGCAGCUUGGUAAAACAUGCGGCAUAUGUAUACAAUGGCGCAGACUUCAAUGGUAUGGGCAAGGUUUUUUUUACCCUGAAUCCUUACAUAUCUGUCAUUGGUAAAAUGUUACCUCUAGCGCCAAGGUAUUAAAGUUUAAAAGGAUAUGUAAAUUAGGUGUUGGAACCCACAGAAUCUACAACCUUUUAGUUGUCACUUCACAAUUGAGGGCAGACUAUCAUGGCCCAGUGGCUUCCAUUAUAACCAGAAACCACUACACUAGUUCGAUCAGAACCUAGAACCAUGUGGCCGGGAGUUACUAAGAAGCAGAAACAAAAGUGAUCACUAAUAUGGUUGUGGAUCCUGUUGUGGUUUUCCAAUAGUAUAAAAUCCUGAUAUGUUUGCAUAUGUAAAAACAUAGCACAUCUUGGCUAUAAACAUAUGCAGAGAAAAUGGAAAUAGAGACGAUGAGUAGAAUUAGGAUUUUCGAGAUUUCUUACAUUCUGUCUCCAUAGCAUCAGUGGUCUCUUGCUAAGGAAACAGUGGAAAGAAACGGACAAUAUUAAAGGGGUACUCCGCCCCUAGACAUCUUAUACCCUAUCCAAAGUUAGGAAAUAAGAUGUCUGAUCGCAGAGGUCCCACAGCUGGGACCCCCCGCGAUCUCUGUGCAGCACCCAGUGUUAGCUAUGAAGGCUGAGUGCUGGCGGCGGGGGUCGUAACGUCACGGCCACGCCCCUUGUGAUGUCACACCACACCCCCUCAAUGCAAGUCUAUGGGACGUGUCUGCCACGCCCCCUCCCAUAGACUUGCAUUGAGGGGGUGUGGCUGUGAUGCCACGAUCCCCGCCGCCCGCUCCAAGCGUUCAGAACAAAAUGUUCCGAACGCUGGGGCAGUGGAGUACCCCUUUUAAACUCUUUGGCAAAUAUCAGAAAAUGUAAGCGAUACAUGGGACCGUACCCUAAAAAUUUGUUCACAUAUACGUAUUUUGCUGCUGAUUUUCUGCUGCAGAUUUUUCUACACAAUGACUUCAAUGGGUAGGAAAAUCUGUAGCAGAAAUAAUGCAUGUGUGAACAUACCCUAAACAUAUGCUUGUGAAUAAAAGACAA